AUGCAACAGAAGCAUUCCAUUGAUCUCAAUCGUGAUCAAACGAUCAAAACGCUCGGUUUGCACUGGGAACCAGCAUCCGAUCGUCUCAAGUACAAAAUCGAUCUACUUCUACCACCAAACGCCGUACUCACGAAACGUCUAACGCUGUCCUACAUUGCCCAGCUCUUCGAUCCGUUGGGACUUGUCGGUCCAGUCGUCGUAAUGGCCAAGGCGUUCAUGCAAACACUCUGGACUCUCCGGGAUAAUAACGGAGCGGUUUGGGAAUGGGAUCGAGAACUAACCAGUCUACGAAAUCAAUGGAUCAACUAUCACUCCAAUCUUCCUUCACUAAACGAAUUGAGAAUAGAUCGCUUCGUUCUUCUCGCGAACUCGGUCGAUACACAACUUCACCUGUUCUCGGAUGCUUCCGAUAUUGGAUACGGCACCUGCGCCUACUUGAGGUCAAUCAACAACCGUGGACAAAUCAAAAUUGCUCUUCUGACUUCCAAGUCCAGAAUCGCCCCGCUGAAGAAGCAAAGCACUCCUAGGCUCGAACUGUGUGGUGCUCUACUCUCCGCCGAGUUGUACCAACGAAUCACCCCUUCUCUUCAGAUCACCUUCACCACGUUUUUCUGGACUGAUUCCACAACAGUCAUCAAUUGGCUCAAGGCUACUCCAUCUGCUUGGACUACGUUUGUUGCCAACAGGGUUUCCAAGAUUCAGCAUGCGACUCAGCACUGUGUUUGGAACCACAUCGCAGGUCUGGAAAACCCAGCUGACGUCAUCUCUCGCGGUUGCUUAGCAUCGGAUCUCAUCCAUAACAAACUCUUGUGGAGAGGACCAAAAUGGUUGCAGAAGGAGAAGGAAUAUUGGCCUGUUCCUGAACAGUACUGCGGAUCUACUGAUCAUAGCAACACGGAACGACGGAAGAUUGUGACAGUUUUUGCUACUGCUAUCACAACAUCCUCAUUCAUCGACGGUUAUGUAGCCAAAUUCUCCAACUACACGAAGAUGGUACGAACUACUGCCUCCAGGCGAGUAAGAGAGGUGCCACAGACGGAAGAAGUCAUCAGCACUACAAACAUUCCGACGCAAAACUACAACAGCAUCGUCGCCUCUCAGUACUUUGCUACUAACCCAACAAUGUCGUUACUAACCGAAGCUUAG